CCGAGGGGGCCGGAGAUGGCCGUGAGGUCGGCUGGUGGCGACGGAGAUGCGUUGUGUGUUUCAGAAGAGGAGCUGGCUGGUGACGAGGACAUGCCGUCCUUCCCGUGCACACAGGAGGGCCGGCCGGGACCCCGCUGCAGCCGCUGCCAGAAGAACCUGUCUUUGCACACGUCCGUGCGGAUUCUUUACCUCUUCCUGGCUCUGCUCUUGGUGGCGGUGGUCGUGCUGGCCUCUCUGGUUUUCAGGAAAGUAGACUCUCUCUCCGAAGACAUCUCCCUGGCCCAAGCCACCUAUGACAAGAAGCUUGUGUCUAUGCAGGAAAAUCUCCAGGGCCUUGAUCUGAAGGCCCCGAACAACUGCUCUUUCUGCCACGAGGCCGGGCAGCUGGGGCAGGAGAUCAGAAAACUGCAGGAGGAGCUGGAGGGAAUUCAGAAGAUGCUUCUGGCUCAGGAGGUCCAGCUGGACCAGGCCUCUCAGACCCAUGAGCUGCUCUCCACCACCAGCAGUCAGAUCUCCCAGGAGAUGGGCAACUGUUCCUUCUCCAUCCACCAGCUCAACCAAUCUCUGGGGCUCUUCCUGACGCAGGUGCGAGGCUGGCAGGCCACCACGGCCGGCCUGGACCUCUCUCUGAAGGACCUGGCCCAGGAGUGCUAUGACGUCCGGGCGGCCGUGCACCAGAUCAACUUCACCGUGGGGCAGACUUCAGAAUGGGUCCACGGGAUCCGCCGGAAGACGGACGAGGAAACCCUGACCCUCCAGAAGAUCGUCACCGACUGGCAGAACUACACCCGGCUCUUCAGCAGCCUGCGCACCACCUCGACCAAGACCGGAGAAGCGGUCAAGAGCAUCCAGGCCACCCUGGGGGCCUCUUCGCAGCGCAUCAGCCAGAAUUCUGAGAGCAUGCAUGACCUGGUGAUGCAGGUCAUGGGCCUGCAGCUGCAGCUGGAUAACAUCUCGUCCUUCCUGGACGACCAUGAAGAGAACAUGCACGACCUGCAGUACCACACUCGCUACGCUCAGAACCGCACGGUGGAGAGGUUCGAGACGCUGGAAGGACGCAUGGCCUCUCACGAGAUCGAGAUUGGCACCAUCUUUACCAACAUCAAUGCCACCGACAGCCACGUGCACAGCAUGCUCAAGUACCUGGACGACGUGCGGCUGUCCUGCACGCUGGGCUUCCACACCCACGCCGAGGAGCUCUACUACCUGAACAAGUCCGUCUCCCUCAUGCUGGGCACCACGGACCUGCUCCGGGAGCGCUUCGGCCUGCUCAGCGCCCGCCUGGACUUCAACGUCCGCAACCUGUCCAUGAUCGUGGAGGAGAUGAAGGCCGUGGAUACACAGCACGGAGAAAUCCUUCGCAACGUCACCAUCGUACGAGGCGCCCCCGGCCCUCCAGGACCAAGAGGACUCAAGGGAGAUGUGGGUGUGAAAGGGCCUGUUGGUGGCAGAGGACCAAAAGGAGACGCUGGCAGCUUGGGGCCCCCGGGACCCCAGGGCCCUCAGGGGCAGCCCGGGGAAAUUGGACCCAUGGGAGAAAGGGGGCCGGUUGGCCUGCGGGGUUUCCCAGGCCUCAAAGGCUCGAAGGGCAGCUUUGGAACUGGAGGCCCAAGAGGACAGCCAGGCCCCAAAGGGGAUGUGGGGCCCCCGGGGCCAGAGGGGCCCCCAGGAUCUCCAGGGCCCUCAGGGCCUCAGGGAAAACCGGGGAUUGCUGGGAAGACAGGUUCACCAGGCCAGCGGGGGCCUGUGGGACCUAAGGGUGAACCAGGGAUCCAGGGUCCCCCUGGCCUUCCUGGGCCCCCAGGCCCACCAGGAAGCCAGAUUCGCUACUGAGGAGGGUCCGCAGUCCCAGACACUGCCUCACAGAAUGCUGGGAAGGGGGCUCAGGGCAGAGUGAGUCCCCAGAAAGCCUCACAUGCAGAGAAUUGUGCUCCUUUGAUCCCGAAGGGGGUUGCCCCCAGGCCGGCCCCAGCACCUUUGGGCUCCCCAGUAGUGACUGUACCCUGGAAAGUAGCCCCUCAUACACACACACACACACACACACACACACACACGUACACACGUACACGCACACACACGUGUACACAUGCACACAUGCAUUUCCCUGCUGGCCAGGGGGGCCAACUGGGUUUCCCUGGCUGGACAAGAGGAGAGGGCAGAGAGACCACCUCCCUCUCCUGUGACUGAGCCAGCCAGGGAGGUGGCUACCUCGGGAGGAAGGUCUUGAAUCUGCCUCUGAAUUGGUGACCAACUCCAGUCUUCCCAGCACCUUCACACCCAUCCCAGCCAGUACUUUCCCGGGGCUCCCGGUGGCUGAAAAGACCCAGGGAAACCCUUACAGGGGAUUGUGGUUCAAACUGGAAGGACAGGGUGGAUUUGGCAACUGCAGACCAUCCCCAUAACCAUGGGAGCAGACCUGGGACCCGCCUGACUCGCCCAGGACAGAGGAACCCACCGUGGCUGUCAUUCUCCGGCCCUGCGCACGGUGCCCCCAGGAGCUCAGCGAUUUCCACAUGUCAGAAAACUCCUUGCUUCAUCCCGGCCUCCUCCGGUCAGGAGCAUUCCAGAAGACAUCUAAACAGCAGCUUCACCCGUGCAGGGACGCUCCGGGCACUGGAGCAUUCCGUCAAAGUGGCGCCCGGCACGUGGAAGCUGGAGGAGGGGUGGUGAAGGCCUUGGUCACUGGGCUGCCUAGAGAGCUGGCCCCCUUGCUGUCCAUUCCUGGGGGAGGCAGUCUGGUGGCUGGGGGAGGACUGACUCCCUCCGCCCCCAUAACAGAGCCGCUCUCCCUUCUGCACCCUCCUGCCCACUGACCUCACCCCACCGUGACCCGGAAUGGCCUCUGUAUGAGCAGCACAACUGAACGAGGAGGGACAGGCCUGAACACCCACAAGGGGCUCAUUUGGACGUCACCCCUCGCCCACCUCCAACUUCCUGCGCACCCUGGCAGCAAGGAGCUCGGGGAGUUCCCAGCAGGGAGCAGGCCGCCCACAGGCUCCACUCGCUGUGCAGCGGCCCGGCCUGUGUUCCAGCAGAGCCCGAGCAUCCAGCCUGACUCAGAGACCAGCCCCUCCCCCUGCCCGUGGCCGUGAUGCCACCUCCCUUCUCGGAAUAGAUGUGCAACUGGUUUGCACUCCUGCCCGUCCCCACUGCCAUGUAAUUCUCCCGUCUACAUAUGAUAUCAUGCAACUUAGUAUUACUGACUC